AUGGCAGACGAUUGGGUUCUUGUGUCUGCAGACGUGGCGGCAGACGCGGCGUCAUCGUCGCCCGACUACCUCGGCGAGAUCGGCCACUACAUCAAUAGCAUGGCCGACACGCUGUGGCCCAUCAACAAGAAAAUCCACGAUAACCCUGAGCUUGGCUACAGAGAGUACAUCGCCCACGACACUCUGACCUCCUUCUUGAAAACGCAGAAGGGAUGGCAGGUCACGCCGUCGGCAUACGGCAUGGACACGGCAUUCGUCGCCGUCUUCGAUAGCGGCAAAAAGGGCCCUGUUGUUUCUUUCAAUGCCGAGAUGGAUGCCCUGCAGGAGAUCGGACACGCUUGCGGCCACAACUUGAUCGCCUCGGCUUCCCUGUCGGGUGCCCUCGCUGCGGCUGAGACCAUGAGGAAGCACGACUUAGCUGGGAAGGUCGUGCUGUUUGGGACCCCAGCUGAAGAAGGCGGCGGCGGCAAAAUCCGCCUCAUCAACGCCGGCGCCUACACCCAGCACGCCUGCUCCAUAAACCUCAUCUCGCACCCGGGCACGACGCCCGCCUGCGCGCUCAUGCGCACGGCGGCCUACCGCGCCUUCACGGUCGAGUACCACGGGCGGGCGGCGCACGCGGCGGCGAGCCCGUGGCUGGGCAUCAACGCGCUCGACGGGCUGCUGACGGCGUACGCGGCGCUCAACGCGCUGCGCCAGCAGACGCGGCCCACGGACGUCAUCCAGGGGCACAUCACGCACGGCGGGCUGCGGCCAAACGUCAUCCACGCCUACGCCGCGGGCAGCUUCGUCGUGCGCGCCGACACGAAAGCCCGCCGCGACGAGCUGUUCGAGCGCGCGAGGCGCUGCUUCGAGGCCGGCGCGCUGAGUAGCGGCGCUACUGUGGUUAUUACUGAUGGCGGUGCGUAUGCUGAUCAUGUGCCUAGCAGGACGAUGGCGCGGUCGUACAGGGCGCAUUUCAAUAGGUUGUUGGCGAGCGAUGGUGGUGUCGGCGGCGGCGAGGACGGCGACGGCAGCGUACCGAUAUCCGUGCCUGAGCUGGACGAGGUGCGCGGCCGCACCAUGGCGAGCACCGACCAGGGCGACGUGAGCUACGUGCUGCCCAGCCUGAGCGCCGGGUUUUGGAUCCGGCCGGGCGCUCAGGGGAACGGGCCGCACAGCCCGGAUUUCGAGGGCGCGGCGGGGACGAGGGAGGCGUUUGGGUUGAGCUUGAGGGUGGGCAAGGGCUUGGCCGCGACGGCGGUCGACUUCCUGACGACGAAGGGGUUGGUCGAGGAGGCGUGGAGGGAGUUUGAGAAGGAGGUCAAGGGCAAGGCUUGGACCUGUUGA